AUGGAUUUCUUCACCAUUUCUCUCUACCUCGGCGUCCUCUUCGCUUCAUUCUUCUUCAUCUUUCUGCUUCGGAAGAGCAACAACAAUGGAAGAUCCAAUUAUAAGCUUCCACCUGGUUCAACUGGCUGGCCACUAGUCGGCGACCACGCUGACUUCGCCAUUUCCGGCCCAGAGAAAUUCAUAAACAAGAAGCUCGCCAAGUUCCCCUCGUCGGAGGUCUUCCAGACCUCCUUGUUCGGCGAAAACAUGGCCGUCUUCUGCGGCCCGGCAGCCAAAAAGUUCUUCUUCUCCAACGACAACAAACUCUUUACCGCGUGGUUGCCUCGCUCUAUGGUAAAGGCAGUCGUCUUCCCUUCCUCCGACGUCGUUAAAGACGUGACCAUUCUGCAGCGCACCUUCUUUCACGACAUUCUCAAGCCGGAAGCUCUCCGGCAAUAUAUCCCGAUAAUGGACUCCACGGCCCGUGAACAUAUAGACGACGAGUGGGUUCCCAACAAAGACCUCAAAGUUGUUCCCCUCCUGAAGAAAUACACUUUCGAAUUGGGAUGCCGGUUCUUAAUGAACAUCGACGAUCCGAAACGGAUAAAAACCUUAGCCGAGCCUUUCGACCUCGUCGCCUCCGGCAUGCGCGCCGUGCCAGUGGAUUUUCCUGGGACGGCUUACAACGGCGCCAUCAGAGGGGGGAAGAAAAUGCGGAAGGAGCUUCUGGACAUCGUUAGGGAGAGACGCGGAGAGCUCUCGUCGGGGAAGUAG